AUGGCCAAGGGACCCGAAUCGUCUGAACUGUCCGAGUUCGAGAAACAGCGUCUCGCAAAUAUUGCCGAACGUGAUGCGCUCUUGAAGAAGCUGAGCUUGGAGGCGCAAUCGGCGGGUCUCUUUAAUGCGCCGAAGCCUCUCGGUAGUGGUGCGCCAAAGCCCAAAAAGAGAGCUGCACCCAAGCGCAUCAAGGUAGAAGAUGAAGCGCCGCUACCUCGUCGGCAAUCGUCACGACUGAGAGGUUUGACGGCUGACAGCGAGGUCGUGAAGCGCAAGGCCGAAGAGCAGUACGAGGCUGCUAGAGAGGCUGAGCGAGCUAAAAAAGUUCGGCGGACCGAUGCUUACUCUGCGAAUGACAUGUUCAUCGCUGGGCAGAAGUUGGAAGGGGAUAGCUUGAUUGGCGUGGAUGUCGUGAACAAGGGUGUCGCUGAGCCGUAUGUGCGAACCUUUGGCGAUGAUGACAUCAAAAAGACAACAGACAAGGACUUGAAAGCUUUGCGUGAGGAAAUGGAUGGACUGAGUUUGUGGACUCAAUGGGACCCUCAAAGGAUCAAGAUCACGCCGGAACGAAUCUAUGCCAUGGCUUUCCAUCCAUCCGAAACGAAACCCCUGAUUUUUGCUGGCGAUAAACUAGGACAUCUUGGCGUCUUCGAUGCCUCCCAGGAAAGGCCAGAAACAGGAGAUGACGAGGAGGAAGAUGACGACCCGGACCCGGUCUUGACGACACUCAAGCCGCAUACCAGAACGAUCAGUGCAAUGAUGGUCCACCCGUCAAAACCGACAUCCUUGUUCUCCGCAAGCUACGAUAGUUCUAUCCGAGAACUGGAUCUGGAGAAGACAACGUCCAUGGAACGAUACGGCCCUGAAUCUACAAACAUUGACGAAGCACUUUCCGGAGUCGACAUGGCCGCGGAUGAUCCCAACACGUUAUAUUGGACUACCCUGAAUGGUACUUUCGGACGCUAUGAUAUGCGCGCCCGGCUUUCGUCAAAAACAGUCACUAAUUGGCAAUUGUCUGAGAAGAAAAUUGGAGGCUUCUCACUCUACCCUACGCAACGACAUUACUUUGCGACGGCAAGUUUGGAUCGGACUAUGAAGUUGUGGGAUCUGCGAAAGCUCUCAGUCGAUGAGCCAGUCCCCGUUGCGGAGCAUGAAAGUCGCCUUUCUGUGUCCCAUGCUGCUUUCAACGCAGCAGGUCAGAUCGCCACCACUUCCUACGAUGAUACUAUUAAGCUCUACGAUCUCGGGUCCAAGGGCAUAUCCACGUGGAAGCCUGGCCACACUUUAUCUGACAAUGAGUUCCGUCCGGACACGGUUGUGAGGCACAACUGCCAGACUGGGCGUUGGGUGACAAUCCUUCGACCUCAAUGGCAAAUGAACCCCCAGUCUCGUAUUCAGCGAUUCUGCGUCGGAAAUAUGAACCGUUUUGUUGAUGUUUACAGCGAAUCCGGUGACCAGCUCGCUCAGCUUGGAGGCGACGGAAUCACUGCUGUUCCUGCGGUUGCUGUUUUCCAUCGCAGCAAAAAUUGGGUCGCCGGAGGGACAGCCAGCGGCAAGCUUUGUUUAUGGAUGUGA